AUGGCAACCACCGGCAGCCCCAGACCCGCGCGGCAGGCCUGCGAUGCGUGUCGGCAGCGCAAGCGCCGGUGCGUCCUCUUGACCUUGGCGCAGACCACCACCGGCCGGUGCCACAACUGCGAGCGUGCAGGCUCCCGCUGCACGUUUCUCCUGCCGCUCCGGACGCGGGGACCCAAGCGCAAGACGGACCAUGACCAGAAUCAUCAGCGGCUCCUCGCGUGGCGGUUGCCAGACACGUCCAGCAGCACGACGACGUAUGCCACCGACAUUCUCUGCCCUCGCGAGCUAGUGCGCGUCCUGGUCGACGACUACGUCAGGUACAUCUACCCGUUGCUGCCGGUGGUGCACCUGCCGUCGUUCACGGCCGCCGUCGACCGCGGGCGCGACGCCGACGACGGCGACUUGCUGGCGCUGGCCGUGUCGCUGUGCGCAGCGACGGUGGCGCUGCUGCCGUCGCGGCUGGGGGCGUACCGCGAGCACCCGACGGCGCCGCUGCCGUUCCGGACGCGGGCCGAGGUGGCCGGCCACUGCUACCGGCUGCACCUGGGGUUCCGGCGCGACACGCACUACUUUGACACCGUCAGCCACGCCCGGUGGGCGAGCAGCUACCUCCUGGGCAUCGCCUUCCACCAGGCCGGCAACAUCAACCUCUGGCGCAUGCUCGAGGUCGAGGCCAUGCAGCUCCUGCGCCUCCUCGAGGUCCACCACCCGCCCGCCUACCGCGGCCUCGACCCUGUAGAGGCCCAGCUCCGCAAAAAGGCCUUCUGGCUCAUGUUCUACGGCUACGUCCACGAGGCCCACAACCUCCGCAGAGAGCGCCUCACCUUCCUCGACCCCGUCCUCCUCGGGGCCGUCAACCUCGACGACCUCAUCCCCGCCCCGCUCGACGACCACUUCAUCACCCCGCGCGGCUUCCUCCCCUGCCCCGCCGACGUCUCGGCUGCCUCGCUGGCCGCAGGCUUCAACAUCCACUCGCGCGUCUUCUCGGCUGCUCUGGGCUUUGCACCAGUCGCGGCCGCGCCAGCCUGUUGUUGUCAAGCCCAAGCGCAGGCCUCGCCUCGGUCACGCCUCGCAGAGUUGAGAGAGCAACACCGCCGCCUGAAGCACAUGCUCGACACGGUUGUGCCCACGUACGCGCCGCCCUACCACCACCACCACCACCACCACCACGACAAUGACAGCAUGGCCACCAGCACCAUCCAGCGCGAGUCCAUCCGCGCCAACAUCCACGUCACCCACCUGUGGCUCCAGAGCGCGCUGCUCGACCAGAUCGAUGCCCUCCAGCAGCAGCAGCAGCAGCCCGUCAUCGCGACAACGGGCCACGUCUCGUGGGACGAGCGCGAGGACAUUUGUCGGCAGCUCCUGCACACGGUCCAUUCCAUCUCCUUCUCGGGUCUCGAGGCCAACGGGCUCUCACUAGUCUACAAGAUCCGUGACGUCGCCUCCACGCUCCUCGCCUACCCCUUUGACAAUGCCUCGCACGACGAUGACGACGACCGCCGCGACCGCCGCGCUGCAGAGCACCUGCGUGACCUGUCCAGCCUCCUGUCGCGCCUCGACGUCAGCGAGACCCCAAGCUCGCUCAGCCUGCAGAGCUGGGUGGACACCAGUCGCUGCCGCCCCGGCCGCCACCACGAUGAUGGCGAUGAUGGCGAUGAUGGCGGCAGUGGGCAGUAA